AUGGAACAAUUAAGGAAAGCAUUUCAAAAACACGACACGUUGGGGGAUGGCAGAUGUGAUCCAUCUCAAUUCAGAAACGUUCUUUCAGCGUUUGGAGUAACCAAUGGAGUUAAUAAUGUUGUUAAACGGUUCACGUCCGAUGGACGAGUCGAUUACCGGGAGUUUUUAGAUUACUUUGAUAAAUCAAGGAAGGAGAAAGCCUCAUCUUCUCCCAAACAAACAACAAUAGCCUCGAAUCAACCAAACUCUAAUGUACUUUCUUCUCCCAGAUCUCUUACUAACACUCCGAACAAGAAAGAAAAUAAUCCAGGUCUGUUAGAGAUCAAACUCUUUAACUUCCGCAAGACCAUUGAGAAAGAGCUCAAAAAACUUGACCAACAAAACAGUGGCCUUGUUGCAAAAGACUCGUUUGUUCAUGUUCUUGGUAAAUGUGGAUUCGAUAACACAGAAGCAAUCAACACCAUAGUGGGAAGCGUUGGAUCAGGAGAACAUGUUAACUAUGAACUCUUCUUGUCUCUUAUUGGUCCAAACGAACAGCGUUCAGCAAUGAGCCUUCCACAACGAGGAAUUCGUGGCGACAGAAAGGUUUUUCACGAGCUCAAUGCAUCUUUUUACGAUCAGCUCAAGAACAAAGAUCCUCUUAGUUGCGGAUUAAUAGAAGAGAAUCAGUUUAAGAAAGUGAUUGUUUCCCAUUUUCCUUCUAACUACUUGCCAUCUCUUAAUGAAAGAAUUAAGGAAUGCACUUCAGGUGGUAAAGUAGACUACAAUCAAUUUGUCAUGAAGAUUUUAGAGGAUAAAAGGUUAGAAAAUUCAGAAUACUCUCCCCGAGGAAUUAAAACAUAUCCAUACAAAACGUCAGAAAUACUGGAUGCAGAAUUGAAUCCAGAUGCUAAACCGAAAUUUGAGGGGUCAUUAGCUACCUUUCCAAAGAGAGACAGUGUUGGAGAUAUUUUGUCAUUUACACCAGAGCAUACGAAUGAGGAGCGACCACUAAAAAGAUACGUCUCACCCACCUUCAAAUCAGAUUUUACUCUAAGUGUUGCAUCUCAAGAGAAUGAUUCUUCUAAAAUACUAACUACUCCUCUAAAGUCGCCAUUACUCCAGUUUUCGGAGUAUGAGAAAGAGGAAAAAAAGUAUGGGAAAAAAAUAUCACCACACAAAGAAUCGACCAUAGAACGAACUCCCUCUAAGAAACAUUUCCAAAAUACAGUCAUCAAUGCAUCUGAUGACAAUCCUCUCUGUAAUCCUAAAUCAGACAGCUCAUAUGCUCAGCUUCAAGAAAUGAAAAGAAAAAACCACGAACUACGAGAAGCCAUUAACAAAGUAAGAACAGAGCUUAAUCGAAACAAAAUCUUAAAGAAUCAAAUUAGCGAUACGCUUGACAAUUGUGGAGAAAUAUCCAGUUCAGAAAUGAAAAACAUGAUUCUUAAGGCUGGGAUUGGGUUGUCAGAAGAGCAAGUAAAUUAUGUUAUCAACAAAUGCGACCACAACAAGGACGGGUUUAUAGAUUAUUAUGACUAUAAUACUUUAACUGCAGGCGUUGGGGAAUCAGCAUUUGAAACCAAUUUACAAAAUAAUGGUUUACUUAAAGAAGAAGCAGUAGAAAGGUCUCAAAAACCCAAAAAACAGUUUCCUAAUGCACCAACAUUCAAACAUCAGAUUCAAGUUGGCUUUAGAAAAGAAAACACACCUCUUCCAAACCAGAAAUUGGCUGAUAUUUCUGCUGAGAAAACAUUACAGCCAAGCCAAGUGCAAACACAAGAUGUGGCUGAAGAUGACGAAAGAGCUGAAGUUGUACCAGAACCUAGUACCAUAAUUGAUGAGGCGCAACAGAUGGUUGAAGAUGGAACCUCAUUUACUCUUUCCGACACAACCUCAGAAGCUAAUACCUCUGUUGUACCAAGCUCGUCAAUAGCUUCUUCAAAACAGUUACAACACUCUACCAAAUCAAACUACAGAUUACUUGCCUUCCAUGUUGCCGACAAACUUAAAUCGUCGGCUCCUUCAAUGCAAAAAGCCUUUAAAAGCUUUUUACUUGACAAAGACGGCACAAUAUCUCAGAAAGAGUUUCUCAAUGGCCUAACGAAGAUGGGAAUAAGCAUCUCUCCAGAAGAAGUUGACUCUUUAAUGAAAAAUAUUACACAAGACAAAAAAUUGAAUUACACAAACUUUGCCAAGCUAAUUGAUAGUUCAUACUGGGGAUAUAGUAAACACCAAGAUUCGGUUGAUGAACCCUCUCCCAGACGUGUAAGUAAAGAGGAAGAAAUAAUCAAUAGAAGAAUUAGAUCAGAACUGGUUGACAGCACAGGAAUGAAUCCUGUUCAAAUAAGAGAAUCUCUUCGAUCGGUUGAUAAUGACAAACAGAUGUCGCUGCCUCCUGAAAGAUUCAAAAUCGCCUUAAAAUUAAUCAAUCCCUCAUUACCAGACUGGAUUGUGGACAGAGCUGUCAGAAAGAGUGCACUAGAUAAUGGUCGAUGUGAUUACAACAAAUUUUUAUGCGAUUUAGGAUUCAAACUACCAGACGACAAUAACGUUUUCACACAGCAAGUAGUUAAAAAACAAGAUGUAUUUAAUGUCGAGAACCAAAAGGAGUUGUUAGAUUUAGGUGCUUUAAAUAGAUCAUGCUAUGAUUUGGAUGAUUGCAGCACGUGCCAAACACCAAGAAAAGAUGAACAAACGCUUGAAAAGUCAAUGGGAAAGAAAAAAACUAUUCUCCUUAACAGCUCCAUUAGUAAUCUUCUUGAAAACGAAAAUACUGCAUCUCCAACAACCUUUACCCCUAAAGGAGUGAGAUAUUCAAGCACCCCACCUUCUCGAAAUCCUCUUUUUGGCGAAGAUAUUAGUUCUUCUGGAAUCAAAGUUGGAUAUUCCUCAAAACCAAAAGAAGAAUCAAUGUCUUCUAAAAAAGUAUUUGAGAAAGAAUACAAUCUAUCUUCGGGUAUUGGCACAUUUGUUAACGAACUACCUGAAGUCCAAAGCCCUAGGAAAAUGCUUAAUCUACAACUUAGUUCCACUUUCGAUUUGUCUGGACAACAACCCUCUACCCAGACAACGAAAAAGUCAGCUAAGAAAUUGUAUUCUCAAAAACAUAACACUGAGAUUUCUAUUGUGAGCAAGGAGCCACAAAGCCCAAGAGCAAAGCAAACUCAAAAACAAAAAAUCGACACUAAAGAGUUGUUGUUUUCCAAGAUGGAAGAACAUCAUAAAAGCGCAAAAGAUGCCUUUAGAAAAAUGGAUGCAUAUUCUAGGGGAAGUCUUUCAAUCGAAGAUGUUCAAAGAGUUUUUAAGGAUAUGAAUGUUCAUGUCUCAAAAGACGAGAUCAAAAAGGUGUUUAACAUUGAGGAUAAUAGAAAUGCUGAACCUAUCAACUUUACACAAUUUGCAGCUACAUUUAAACCUGCAGAGAAUGUUGCCAAAGAAGACCCACAUCCCCCUUCACCACGUGGUAAAGUUGCCAAACACAACCAAUCAAGUUUAGAUUAUUUGUUGAAAGGUGAGGGAAAAACUUUAACACAAGACGCGUCACGUGGUCGAUCAAACUCAGUGCCAAACAGAAGAGACAUGUUUAGAAGUCUAAGUGGAAAUAUUAUUUCAUGGCAGGAAUAA